AUGUCCACCGUUAAAGUUCUUAGAUUUGGACCAAUCAGAUACGCCCAGGAGGCGUGGGAGAAGCUCGAGCAGAGACCCAAUGUCGAGGUGGUGGAGAGCGGGGCCUCUUCUAGGGAAGAGUUCCUGAAGGAGCUCAACGAAGGCAAAUAUAAGGACGUCAGCGUCAUUGCGAGAACGUUUGAGAGUGUCAAGCAGACGGGACUGCUUGACAAAGAGCUACUGGCCCAGUUAAAGGAAAAGACCUCUCUCAAAGCCAUUUCCCACAACGGUGCUGGGUACGACCAGGUGGACGCUGUUGAGUGCGGCAAGCUUGGAAUACAGGUGUCCAACGUGCCUUCUAUUGUUGACGCGGCUACUGCAGACACGCAUAUAUACCUUCUUUUGGGAGCAUUGAGGAAUUUCCAGGACUCGACGCUGAGAAUGCUGCAGGGCAAGUGGCCGACCGAAAAAUGUGCCGGCACUCCCGUUGGCCACGACCCUGAAGGCAAGGUACUGGGAAUCUACGGAAUGGGCGGCAUUGGCCGUGCAGUGAGAGACAGGGCCAAACCGUUUGGGUUCAGAAAGAUUCUGUACCACAACCGGAACCGUCUUGCUCCGGAGUUGGAGCAGGGUGCCGAGUAUGUGAGCAUGGACGAGCUUCUGAGCCAGUCGGACGUGAUCUCAAUCAACAUCCCGCUCAACAACGCCACCAGACAUUCGAUCAACAAGGAUACUAUUGCCAAGAUGAAAGACGGCGUGGUAAUUGUCAACACUGCCAGAGGCCCUAUUGUUGACGAGAGCGCCAUUUUGCCUGCUCUCAAGAGCGGGAAAGUGGGUGCUUUCGGAUCGGACGUGUUCGAAAACGAGCCCCACGUCAACAUGGAGCUGAUCCGGCAGCCGAACGUGGUGUCUCUGCCUCACAUGGGAACACACACCGUCGAGACGAUGAAGGCCAUGGAGGAGUUUGUCGUCAAAAACGUUGAGACGUUCGUUGACCAGGGCAAGGUGCUGUCGAUUGUUCCUGAGCUGAAGGGUAAAUUCUGA